AUUUAUAAAUUCUUGGAGACUGUCGUCCAGUUGGAAGGAAUCGUCAGGGCAUGGUGUGUCUCAUGGGCGUUGCACUCCGGAGGAACUUUCAAUCACUUGGCUGAUGGAGGUGUAAUCGUGAACACAUACAAAGUUAAUCCCAUGCAGAAGAAGAUUACAGUAACUCUGCCCAGAUAUGGCUUUAGUUAUCCAGACUGGUUGAGAACUGGGAUUCAAAUCCAAGUUGAGAACAAGGCCCAGGAGAACGAUACGGUUUUAGUUAUCGUGCUCUUCAGAGACUUGGCACAGUUCUACCCUAAACACUUCUCUCAGAAAUUAACGGAUGGAAGGGAUCUGGAAUUCAGCGUCCUGGGCCCUGUGGUGAGCGCGAUGAGCACUGGUGGGCUCAUUCUCACGUCCCAGUUUACGAUGCCUGAGGGUUCAUUUUGCGGCAGGACGUUUUCCGGCCAGGAUUGGGAUCUGGAUCACUGCAAUUCCACGGUGAAGGUCAACUCGGAAACAGUUUGUUUUUGUCCGAAUCAAGGUGUGUUUGCCGCCUUAGAUCCACAACUGCACGCGCCGUACAAGAGAGCCGAAUUAAAAUGGAAACCAUCUUUGAGUGUCAUGGUUGGCUGUAUUUGCUGCCUGUCGUUGUCCGUUCUCACUGUGGUCCUCCUAGCAGUGAGACUUUGGAAGCAUAAUUCUUGCCUUCUGUUUCUAAAGCUCCAAUGUUCAACAGCCAUCGCCGCAACUAUGACCAUAUUCGUCUACACCGCUAAGGAAAACGUUCCUCAGUCGUCGUACAUGUACGUUUCACUUGGACUCCAGUUCUUCAUUCUUCUCGCGAUUUCGUCCCAAUUGGCCAAACUCAUAUUGGUCUAUUCAGAAGUCGUCAAACUUCCCAUGGUCAAAUACUUGAAGCAGACUGUUAUCAUCAUAAUAUCAGGUCUUUGUGGAGUUUGUGUCCUGAGCUGCGUCGUCGUCUAUGAUUACACGAGGGAUAAGGGCUGGUGGUGGCUCAAAUCAGGUACGACAAUGUUUUACAUAACCACGUCAUAUGCGGGCGUGCUUCUCGCCCUCUACAUUUUCAUCGUCGCCGACUUGAGCUGCAAAUUGGUCUCCCUUGUGAAAAAAGAGGCCAAAGGAGGAAAAAGAGUCGUCCUCAGAAGGGUCGGCUUGAUUAAAAGAUCAGUUGUGAUUCUCAUCGUGACUGUGAUAAUGGCGACUUCCAGUAUCAUCUAUGCCAAUAAUCCUACUUCUGCCAACCAGAGCGUAUUCAGCGUAUCUAGCAGUGCAAUGGGUUUCACGAUUUUAACCUGCUAUGUCGUCAUGAGUGAAAACUCGCCAAAGAAUAUGAAAUUGCUCAAAAGGCUGCAGCUCCUUGGAACGGAAGAAAUUUAUAGCUCAGCGUCAGACAAUAGCUUUUUUACUAAGCAAGAGCCGGAAGCGGAGUGUGAAGCCGCUCCUCCGGAUGUCACUCCGAAGCAGCCACCUAAUGAUGAAAUUCUCCUGAAGCCUGUAGUGUCACCGAAAACGACUACACCCAGGAAAAGCGUAUCUUUCCAUUCUGAUCUCGUCACAGGUUGCGCUGUUAUCGAAGACGCGGGCGACAGUCCAGAAUCGGCCAAAGGCGGGCAUCUCGUAAGGGCUAGCUACCUCCAAAACCCGCCGACCGACCCGGCCCAGGGCUGCCUUCAAGAAAUCGUGACGACCCGAGUCUGCCUGGAGCUGGGACUCCUCCAGGACAACGUGCACGCGCCGACUGUCAUGGUCUGCAACGUGGACAUCGAGCCGAGCACAAGGCUGAUCCCGCUCCAAGACGGACAGGAGUUCCCAAAAGAACAGGGGGAAAACAAGGACGUCCUCAACAGGAUCUCUCACGAUCUCGACUAUUUGCUCAACUCGACGGAUUCGGUCCAAGAGGACGAAACUCAAACUUCACUUUAAAAAACACGAUAUACCUAUUUGUGAUAUUAGAUUUGUAACCUUUUUCGCUGUUUGUAAAUAAUUAAAGUUUUACCAUAUUUGUCAUCAUCGUUAACCUCUU